GUGCCUUCCAUGUUGGAGUGCACUCAUCAUCUGGUUGUGUUCAAUGCAAACUCCAGAGGGGCAUAUGAGUCGCUCGCUGGGGCGCGAGUAGUCCGCCUGCGGACCAUCCACGACAAGUACCUUACGGUGGACGACGACAUGCUUGGGCUGAGGCAGCAGCACGACGGUUCCUUGGUGCGCACCUGGUGGAGCGUCGAGAGAAUCACCGACAACAGAAACCAGCUCCGACUCCGCUUCCAGAACUGCUUCGGCGUCGACCUUGCCGCUCCCCUGUCCGACUUCUUCUUGCAGCGUCUGGCCGGCGGCAAGGAUGCCUCUGCGGUCCUCCGGCAGAUCCGCGGCCUGCACGACGCUCGGAAGGAGUGGGCGCUGAUCCGCGUGGGCUCCCGGUUCAUGGUCAGGUGCAACUUCGAGGACUACUUCCUGUGGGCCGACCCCUUGCCGGGGAGCGACGCGGCGGGUGUCCAACUCCCGUCCUCGUCCAACACCUUGGACCCGUUUCUGUGGGACGUCGAAAUCCUCGAGAGCGAUGCCGGCGCCUCCUCGUCCAUGGUUGUCGGACCCUCCUCCUCCCUGGCCGCCGCCGAAGCCGGGCCCUCCUCACGACCAUAGUGCAUCUGCACCGUCUCAUGUUACGGCAACAUGUUUUUGACGUAACAGAGGAAAUGAGAACUCCUUUGCUUUGAUCAGCCAUUGAAGUCUGUAUGUGCAUCAAUGUCACUAAGAACACUUGGAUCAAUG